GAAAGGGCUCUCCUUUUGUUGAUAGACAGUGGAAUCUCUCACAGUCAAGCUGCUCGGUGAAGAAGAAGGAGGGGCAUCUGGGUGGAACACCAUGAUGGAGGAGAAGAAAAGAAGGUGUUAUGCAUAGCCAAAAUAUCAAAGGGUGGAGAAAAGGCAGAUGAGCAAAGUGAAUGAGUCAGAGGUUGCCUCUACCCAAAUGAAAUGUGCCCAAGAGGGGAGAGUCCAGAGACAGCACUCCCAAAGCCCUCAACCCACCUGGGUGUCCAGGCUCAAGCCCAUCUGCAGUCACUCCAGCAGCCUGCGCCUGGGGAAACUGGACUUCUUCAGACACUUGGAGAGAGUGGAGACCAUGAGGUGUUUCUGGGAACUGAAGCAGGUGCAUCCAGAGGGAGAUCCACAGCUGAAAGACCACAAAGCCAAGGAUGGGAAGGAGAUAGCCUGUUUAAGCCUUAAGAGUCAGAAGACACAAAAGAAGAAGCCACCGGAUACAACAGACACCAUCUCCCUGAAGAAAAAGGCCCUGCUCUAUGAGGAGGUUCAGAAGCUCAAUCAGCAGAAUGCCGAGGCUGGAAGCCGGACAGAUGGUGAUGGUGACUUACUGGACUUCAUCUUGGAUGUACCCGUGGCCAGAACACAAGAGAAUGAACUGUCAGCCUCAGCAUUGCAGGUGGAGGAGGACAAGGGCUUGAAAGCAAUAUGGCCGCUGGAGAGUGUUGGGGUGGAAGAGGAAGAGGAGGUCUCUACGGAGUCGGAGGAAGUAGAGAAGGUGGUAAUAGGAGACAGAAUGGACAAGCAAAAGGAUUGUGGUCCUAUGAAAAAAGCACUGCCAGAGGCCAAGGUAGCUGAGAAAGAAGUGGAACCUCUUUUUCUAGAGAGUGGCAACAAAAGCAGUACUAGAGAGGCUGUCACUGGCAGCCAGCAACACUUCACUGGACAAGUCAAAGGGAAGGAGGAGCAGAAGAGGAACGGGGUGGAAGAGCGGUGCAUGAAGGCAGAAUCCACAGUUUCAGGCCACACCCAGGCUGUCAAGGACAUCAUUGAGAACAAGCAUGAAGAUGAAAAGAGAGAUGAUAAACAGCUGAAGCAGGAGUACAUCAUAGACUGCAGUCCGCCACCACCUGCCCCCUUCGAUCACCGCAUCGUGUCAGCCAUGCACAAUAAAAUCUCCAACUUCUACACAAUCAACAGAGAGGAGAUCCUGGGAGAGGGUCGUUUUGGUCAAGUUCACAAAUGUACUGAAAACUCUUCUGGGCUCACCUUGGCUGCUAAGAUUAUCAAAGCAAGGAGUCAGAAAGAGAAGGAGGUGGUGAAGAACGAGAUCCAGGUAAUGAACCAGCUUAAUCACGGCAAUCUGAUCCAGCUCUACGCGGCCUACGAGUCUAAAAAUGACAUCAUCCUCGUCAUGGAGUAUGUAGAUGGCGGUGAGUUGUUUGACAGGAUCAUCGAUGAGAGCUACAACCUGACUGAACUGGAUACAGUACUCUUCAUCAAACAGAUCAGUGAGGGCUUACGGUACAUGCACCAGAUGUACAUUCUGCACCUGGACCUGAAGCCUGAGAACAUUUUAUGUGUCAGCAGAGCUACCUACAAGAUAAAGAUCAUUGACUUUGGGCUGGCCAGAAGGUACAAGCCCAGGGAGAGACUACGAGUGAAUUUUGGCACGCCAGAAUUCCUGGCUCCAGAGGUGAUCAACUAUGAGUUUGUCUCAUUCCCCACAGACAUGUGGAGCCUGGGAGUUAUUUCCUACAUGUUGGUUAGUGGAUUGUCACCCUUCCUCGGCGAGGAUGACAACGAGACUUUGAACAACAUUCUUGCGUGCCAGUGGAGUUUUGAGGAAGAGGAGUUUGCAGACAUCUCUGAAGAGGCCAAAGAUUUCAUCUCCAGGCUCCUUGUCAAGAGCAAGAGCUGGAGGAUGAGUGCCGCAGAGGCCCUGAAGCAUCCCUUCCUGUCGGACUGCGAACUCCAUUACCGCUUGCGGGAGAAGAAAAACAAGUGUCGUUCUUCCCACUCCCAUCAUACGAAAAGUUAGAGCAAGCGAAAACCGAGAACCAGAACCGAUGGCCCUGUAAGCCGCUGUAUGACACGGCUAAACUGUACCCAACCUGCCCGGUCAUCAGAAUCUACCUUUUCAGUGCAUCAGCACAGAGGAUCACGGUAACUUGAAACAGGAAGCAUGUACUGUAAGACUUUUCUUUUAUUUCCCAAAACAUCACCCUUUGACUGACAGACACAGAUUGAAGGAUGUUCAGUUUUUUUUUUUUUUCUUUGUUCAAAUAUGUACCCCUCUGUUUGCAGAUCGACAUUUACCUCACUUUGGUCAAUCCGUUCCUUUAAGGGUCUUUUGUUCCAUAUUCAUGUUUACAGCUAGAGAACCGAGCUCUGGAUGCCAUGAAUAAUGCCCCUCGCUCAAAUCCUGCUUGUAAAGUGCACUGCGGCACUACAGUUCUGUUUGGUCUCGGAAUACACACUGGGUUUGUGCGAGGGCGUGCGACCAAGUUAUGUGUUGUUCGUGUUGUGAUCUAGG